GAUUCCGCGCCCAGAUCGCAGAUCCCGUUAAUUUUCUACCCGUACCCAUACCAGAUCACAGCCCUAUUCUUUCCUCUUACUAGUGGUGUGAACAGGCCCUCCUUUGGUGUGCCAGUUUCCAACACUUCCAAGUUCCCCCACUGCUUACCGCACAUAGCAGUGUCGUGCUUCUGA